AUGUUGCUCAACCUUUCGACGUUCCUCGUUCCUUUCUUUUUCAUCGUGGGCGCUCUCGCUCAGGCGAGCGUCAUCCAACUGCCAACCCCAGGUGCUCGGAUACGAAACGGCCAAACGUUCACCGUUCAGAUCGCCAAGCCGAUGAGCCACCAGGGCUCCAGGGAAGCUGGAUUCGUCAUCGGACUCCUCCCAUGCACUUCCGGAUCCUGUCCUGGUCCGGCUGUAGAAGUUGGACGCCUCUUGUACAACGGUCCGUAUACUCCUCAACUCCACGAACAACCGGGAAGGCCCUAUCAAAACUUCACCUUCACCAUGCCACCCGCCGAUGAAAUGCCCAAGGGAUUCGCCCAGUUGAGUACGAUCAGGCUUCACUUAUUCGGGGCCGCCGCUUACCCGAUCUUGGAGCUGAACAACAUCACCAUCCGCGUCAUCUAA